CCUGGGAGCAGAAGAGGAGGAAGUGCUGCGACCGAAGUAUGUGAGCGUGUGGAGGAGUAAACUCCAGCUGCUGCUGCGCUUCUCCACGGACCUGACCGCCGGACUGACCCUCGCACUCACAUUAAAGGACUACCGUUUGAGGCGCACCUCUCCUCCCAGUUUUCUCCAAUGCUAUAGGUGCUGAAAAGCUCAGUAGACGUAGGAGGACAUCAUGUCCCAAAGCGAGUCGGACAAAUGCAUGGCUGACCAGGUGCCUUUGGUCCUGGAGAGCCAGUUCUGCACAGAACUUCAUAUACAUGAGCCGGGUGACGUAUGCUGUCAGUCGCAGACCUCCUCCACACCCCAGCUUGAAGCACCCACACCCCGAGAGGACACCGUGGACAGGAUUGUGAAGCCUCCCCAGGUGGUCUUGAGCACCGAGAGUCCUGCGGCGCUGAAGGUCGGCAGCCAUCAGCUCAUCCCCAAGAAUUUAGCAGCGCACAGCCGACCCAAGAACCGACACCACACCACCGUGGUGACCUUCCCGUUGGGGCUGGAGAACAACAGCAGUGGGAACCGCCACCGGCACUCCGACCAGGGAGGAGAUGUGUUGUGGGAGGAUUACGACAGCGAGGGAGAAGGUUCUGCUUUGAGGAGGAACCGGAGGAACAAGUCGUACAGAGCGGCGGUGACCAGCCUGGACGUUGAGGCCAUGGCAGCAGGAAUGGUGGCUGCCUCCACCCUGAAACCCAUCCAUGAGAAGAGAGCGAGCAGUCCCAGUCCAGCUCGCACUGUCGGACGCAGAGCCGGACGCAAGCGAACCCUCGGAAGAAAGAGGAACCAGCGCGGAUCAUUCAAGGAUGCUACCCCCUGCCUCUACCAGGAGAUGCGAGAGCGUGGACUUCACUCCACCAACCAGGAUGAGCUCCUGGACGACUUUGUGGUGGUGGAGCCUCCAGAAGAGGACCGUGGCAUCGUGGUGAAGAGCUACAAGCCAGCGGCGCUCACCUGGAGCCAGCUGCCUCAGGUGAAGGAGUCGGAUAUUCUGAAUAGAAUCACACCACAAGAGAGAAAGAGACAAGAGGCCAUUUUUGAGAUCAUCACCUCGGAGCAUUCAUACCUGCACAGCCUGGGCAUCCUGGUAGGUCACUUCAAGAACAAUGAAGCGCUGAGGAAAACCAUGACGGCCACAGAGCACCACCACCUCUUCUCCAACAUCUCCGUCAUCCAGACAGUUAGCCAACGGUUUUUUGAGGACCUGGAACGACGUCACUACGACAACCCGGUGAUCCGGGACAUCAGCGAUAUUGUUCAGAAACACGCUGCCCAGCACUUUGAGCCCUACAUCGUCUACUGCUCCAACGAGACCUUCCAACAGAGGACGCACCAGAAGCUGCUGAACAAUAACGCUGCCUUCAAAGAGGUUCUGAAGCAGAUAGAGGGGAGCAGUGAAUGCGGAGGCCUCCCGAUGCUGUCCUUCCUCAUCCUGCCCAUGCAGCGAGUGACCCGGCUGCCGCUGCUGCUGGACACUAUUUGCCAGAAAACGCCAGCGCAGACAGCAGAGUACUUUGCUGCUGUUUGGGCAUUGCACGCCAUGAGCAAGUUGGUCACCAGCUGCAAUGACGGAGCACGGCGGAUGGAGAGAACAGAACAGAUGUACACUAUACAGAAACAGAUGGAUUUUGGGAAAAUCAAACCGUUUCCUCUGGUGUCGUCAUCCCGAUGGCUGAAGAAACGCGGUGAACUCGCCAUUUCCAGCGAAGAACUCAGCAUAUGGAAAGCUUUCAGCAACAGAAGCUACUAUCUGUUUCUCUUCAGUGACGUUCUCAUCGUUACAAAGAAGAAGACGGAGGAGAGCUUUGUGGUGCAGGACUAUGCUACUCUGGAGAAUGUGGAGGUGGAGGUUGGGGAGGAUUCAGACGGUCAGACAUCUCCGCCUGCCAAAAACAGCUCCAGUCACCUUUCUUUUCGACUACGGAUGAGCAAGAACAGCGAGGGGCGAUCAGAGCACCUUUCCCUAGUAGCCGAUUCCAGGGUGGAUCGGGCGCGUUGGAUAGUUGCCCUUGCAGAGAACAAGCAGGGAGACGUCAUCUCUUGCACAGAUGGUCUGCCCCAGUAUGAGACCACCAAAGCCUACAUGCCAAAGGAUUCAGACGAGCUCGGCCUGAGACAGGCCGAGCUCAUCAUCGUCUUGCGAAACGAGGAAGGAUGGUGCUAUGGAGAGAGAAUGCGAGAUGGAGAAAGGGGCUGGUUUCCUGCCAACUGUGCCACAGAGAUCACAAACCCCACAGCAAUGGAGAGUAACGUGCAACGCAUGAAGCGCUUGCGCAAGGAGACUAAUGUUUGAGUUAAUCCAAGUGGCCAUGCUGUCAUGGGAGGAUUUGCAGGGGUGGACAAAUCGGAAGUACCCUUCGAUAAAUUGCUGACUUUAUUGGGAUUUUCAUCCCCCCUGAGACUGAGGCUGGUGAAUGCGGGAGAAUAAUUGCAGCUACCAAAGGUCCAGGAAUAGAUUACCAUAAAUUGUAAAAUGUUUAUGAGCAUUGGAGAAAUUUCAUAAAACCUGGUACCCCAUGAGUGGUUGAAGACAAGAGUAAUGCAACUAUGAGGUCCUUGGUUCCACACAGCAUUUCACUUCACCCCAUCGUACUCCCUGAACUUGUACUCAAAGCAGUGCAGCCAUUUGUUGCAAAGCCAAAUUAAAGUAAUCCUCCAGUGUGAAUGUACCGCCUGUACUACACAUUUGGAGCAGCAACAUUCCUUGCCUAUAUAGUACCUUUUACUCCAUGGUACUUAUACAGUAGCAUGUCUUUGCUUGAGUGAAUGUAAAUAUACUUGUAUUAAUGAAUUUCAGAUGGAGCCAGACUGGCAGAUUUUAUACUAUGUACUACACGCAAAAGGGUAAAGAGAAAAAAAAAGUCAGCUAUACUUUGGAUCUAAUGAAUUACCACCCAACCUCAACAUGAGGGUUUAAUGCCAAAUACUGUUAAUGAUCAUUUCAGUGAGUUAAAAGCAUUGAAGGGUUGACUAAUUUUUUAGAUGGUGUGAAAAUGACCUGGAUUUUGGUAGAACUUUAUACUUGUCUUAAAUAGUUUUUAAAAGAUGCCAUCAUUUUAAUAGCUAUUUUCAAAUAUACCGAAACACUGAAAUUUAAAGACAUUCUAUGUUGUGGUCUGUGACAAUGAUAGCCUGUAUACUUGAAGAAAAUAAAAGCCACUACAAACAUUUUUUUCCUGGUUUCUG